UACAAUAAAUGGUGUCCAAUAAGGUGAUUUUUUAUAUAAAACACUGAGAAUAUUACUAAUAUACCAAAAAUUACAAUUCUCUUGGGAACAUAGGUUAAGAGAUGUCGUAGGUUCAUAUUUUUAUCCUUUUUUCUGGUGGAAGAGUGUAAAUCACUUUUGUUAAUAGAUGGCGCUCAGAAUACAAAAUAAUUCGUCGAAGGAAGACGGGUUAUUAUAAAUGUUUAGCAGAAGGCGUAUUUAAAAACUAUUCUAUUAACUUCCUGGGCAAUUUAAGUACUCGUUAAAAUUUUUCUACACCAAUCUAUCGGCUCAAUUUCUGCUUCUACAUCAUAGAAUUCUGUUUUUUCAUUGUCGCCAUAGACAUUUUCCGUAAUAGGGCCUUGUUUUUUACUAAACGAUAUUGUAUCGCUAAAUAUUUGCAAGGCCCCCUUUAGCUGAAAAUUCGCAAUAUAUACUGUUCAGAAAUUUUUCAAAAUAAAAAAGUAGCGGCUGUUUUAUCUGUAUUUUGGGGAAAGGAUCACAAGAUAUUGAACAUAAAUAUUCAUCAAUGAUAAAGGAAUAAAAUUUUUUUCGAGUAGCUAACAUACUACUUUGAAAUGACGUCAUAUUCAUUUGAAUUAUGAUUCAAUUUACUAUUUCUCAACUUUUCAUUGCUGUGACAAAUGUUAAAGUGAUUUUGACCUUUGAAAAUCUUAUGAAUAUUAAUAUGAAUCGCUUUACGUAUAACCAAUCUAAUGUAACAGAAGAAUGGUAUGGACAUAGGCAAUGGUUUACUGAAUAUCACGAAUGGGUCGAAGAAAAUAGUGGCAUAUUCCUCGAACCGCCAAGACAGUAUUGGUAUAUUCAUUUAACAGACAUAACCUAUACAUGGUUUGAUUCUUCUAAAAGUAUAAUAAAACUACCUCGUCAAAGAUUUGUUAUUUACGAAGAUGGGAGGAUAAAGAUUUUUCCUGUAAUGAUGAGUGAUAGUGGUAUUUAUACAAGCUUUUUGGAAGCUAAAAAACACGGAAUUCGAUCAGUUUUAAGGAAAAUUAUUUAUAUUCACGUUUGGAGGAAACUUAAGACUAUUGAAAGCGAUUGUCCAAGCGGCUACUUAAAAAGAGAUGGAAUUAAUCAAACUUUUGGUAACAAACAUUGCACUCCGUGUUUGCCUGGAUUUUUUGAGCAACAAAACAAUUGCUAUUCUUGUGGUUAUGGAUUUUAUCAAGAGAAACCUGGUCAAGUUGUUUGCUUUGAAUGCCCUGCUGGAACAGUAACUCAAUGGAAAGGGGCACAUUCUUCUAGGGACUGUCAAAUAGAUAAAGGUUUCACUCAGUACGAAGUUAGAUCUAAAGGUCGAGAAAUCAGAAAAAGGUUACUUGUUUUGAAAUAUUUUGCUAUUACAAAAGAAGACAACAUAGAAAAUGGAGAAUUGAUAAGUGUGAAAAGUUAUAAUAGGAAAUAA